UUAUACAUAAUCAUCUUAUAAAUUUUAUACAAGAUGCAUUUUAUUUAUCUCCACAUAUAGAUUUUUUUCUCUAUUAAGAUAUAUCUGUUAUUUCAUUCUGUUAUCUCUAAUUAUCUGUUACUUCUGUUAUCACGCCUUACAAUUAAAUGUGCAAUUGCGCAGUGCAUGGAUCUUUUGCCGGCUUGAGAAAUCAGCUGUUAUUUUAGGUUAAGUAAGACUUGUAACUGUCACAUCCACAUGCGUGGUGUCAUGCGAGUUUUAAAACUUGUAAAAAAAUUGAAGAAUCAUACAAAAAAAAUAACUAAUAAAUAAUACCUUUUAAAUAAUCUACAUUCGUUUUUCAAUCAAUUAUAAUGGAAGAAAAAACAACAAUUUCUUUGGAAAAAAAAUUAAUAUCAAAUGAACCACUAUCUGAAGAUGAAAAACCAUGUGGUUACAUACAAGAUAUUCUUGAUGGAAAUUUUGAAUCAGUUUUAAAUAGUGAUUUCUUUACUUCUAAACUUUCAAACUUUGUUAAUGAAGAAUUUGAAGAAAAUGUGAAAAAUCUGAUAAAUUCUGACUUAGAGGAUAGUGUAAAAUGGUUUCAUGGUGCGAUUGCUUCACUUUACUAUUUCAUACAAAAUAAUUAUCACCAGAUAUCAGGAAAUGAAAAUAUUGACUACUUGUUACCUCUGAGAAAAUUAGCAAUCAAUACUUUGGCACUGAAUGAUGACCAAUGCAAUGAAAAUGUAGCUAAACCAGAAUUAUUGUAUUUUGCUAAGAUAGUUUUAAAUAGUUCUCAAAUACAAAAACUAUACAUUAGCUCUAAAUGGUGGUUGUUUAGAGCUCAUCGUGUGCAUCAAGCAAUUUUAGAUAAUGUUUCAGAAGUAUUGUUUAAAGAUUCAGAAGAAUUGUUAAAACAACUCUUUGAAUCUCAAAAUGUGCUUACAGAAGUUAAAGAGAUUUCGCUCUUUAACACUGAAGUAGCAUAUUUUUAUUCAUAUUAUUCUAGAAUUCAAAGUUCUGAAAAAUAUUUAAAUAAUGCUGCAGAAGCAGCACAUUUAAGCUUAUGUCUAGAAGGUGCCUUAGGCAAGCGUACCAAAUACCAACGAGAAGAGAAAGCUCAACUUUACUUGAAACCUAAAUUAGAAAAAGAAAUAAUUCCUUACAGAUCAUGUGAAGUUCUCCCUAAAGUGAUAAACUUAUCCGAUGAUUUGAGAUUGGAGAAGAUUGCAUUUACAGAAGACACAGAAAUCGUUAAACUUGGAAGUUAUGAACAAGCAAUUGUUUUGGCUGCAUAUUUUCAUCUAUUGCGAUCACAACCAAAAGAUUUGCUGAGAGAUGAAGAAAUUAUUUCUUAUUUGAAUUGUGUUAUAGAUAAUACUGAUAAUUGGUGUCUGAAAGUAACAGCUUUGUACCAGCGUUGUUUAUUAGAAGCGAAGCAUAAAAGAACAAUAGAUAGAACUUUAAUGCAACUUGAAUAUUUGAAUGAACAAUUGUGCUCACAAUCUCCGCCAGUUUCAUUUAAAAUGGAUCUAUUUUUUGCUAGUGGUAUAAAGCCUCAAUGGUGCUUCAAACAGCAUCUAGCAGAUGUAAUGCGCGAUAUUGGCUUAGAAAAAGGAGCAUUGGAUAUUUACUUAGAUCUUGGACUGUGGGAACAGGUGAUUGGAUGUUAUACACAUUUGGGCCUAAAACAUAAGGCAGCAGAAAUUAUUAAACAAGAACUAGCCAAAAAACCAACAGUGAAAUUGUGGUGUUGGCUUGGAGAUGCUGAAAAUGAAGAGAAACAUUACGAGACAGCAUGGGAACUGUCUGGAGAAAAAAGUAGUAUAGUGCAAAGACACUGGGGCUUUUAUUACUACAUCAAACAAAACUAUAAAGAAGCAAUCCCCCACUUAAAAAGAUCAGUAGAGCUGAACAAUAUUCAAGAAAAUGUGUGGGUAAGACUGGGCUUUGCAGCUUUGCAAGUAGAAGAUUGGCAACUCGCAGCUAGUGCUUAUAGACAUUAUAACGCUUUGGAACAAUCGAGCUUCGAAGUUUGGAAUAAUUUAGCUAAAGCUUACAUUGAAUUAGGCGAUAAGCAGCGGGCGUGGCGAUCUUUACAAGACGCUCUCAAAUGCAAUUACGAUAAAUGGGAAGUUUGGGAUAACUUAAUGGUUGUCAGUAUAGAUUUGGGACAUUUCUCUGAGGUCAUUCGUUGCUACGAACGUCUCUUGGAGUUGAAAGGAACUCAUGUAGACGUGGAAGUCCUAGCAAUUUUGACAAAAGCAAUUGUAAAUGAUGUAAAAGACUUUUAUGGUAACUCAUCAAGGCAAUACUUGAAAAGAUCGUUGGAUCUGUUCGGUAAUUUGACCUCGAAAGUUUUGAAAAAUGCUGAUAUUUGGCUUUUAUACGCUGAACUCACGUUAUUGAAAAAAACCGAAAUGGAUAAUCAAAAAGCUGUCCAAUAUCUUCAGCGUGCAUAUCAUUGCGAAAAUCCAAGCUCGUUUAAAACUGUUGAAGAUGCCAACAGAGUUUUAAUGACGUGUAUACGUCUAGCCGAAAUUUCUCUUUAUUCUUCAAAUUGUGGCAGUUCGGAAGACGCACAAGGCCAAAAAAUAGAAAAAGAAAAUCGUUUUGUACUUGGAUGUGCUAAGCUUAUCCUUCAAUCAGUUAUCACAAAAAUGCAAAAUCUAAAAUGGGCAGAUGUGUCUGGCAUUGAAGAAAAUCUUACCACACUUAAAGAACAUCAUAAAAACAUAAAAGAAAAGCUAGAAGAAAUAAACGAGAGCAAGAAAUAGCUUUGAGAGAAUUUAUACUAUUAUUAUUCAUGUUGAAUAAUGUACAGCCAAUUUUUGUUAAAAAUUGUAAAAACUUGAAUGUUAUUUAAACAGCAGCUCCUGUUUUUUGAUUAAUUUCAAUGGAGUUGAAAAAGACUCAGAAAUC